AGUAGGUGGCGGUAUGAACUUUAACUAGGCUGUUAUUUCAAACCACCAGAGAAGAAGACGACGCUGAGCUAAAUGUUUGCUUUUCAAUGAUUUGGUUUGGAUUCGGAUUUAACGCGUUUGGUCAAAUAUAUUCUUAUGCUAGAUCCGGGAAGGAAUCCACAAGUGACGAAGAUGUCGAAGUGAAAGUGAUCGCUCCCGUAAGGCUUAGUUCCUGCUGCCCCGAUGGAGAGAAACGCCUACAGCUUGUUGGAGCGAGCUGGAGCCGAACUGCUUUUCUGCAGUGUGCAGGUGACAGCAGUGUAUGUCUGUCCGGCUUUUGGUCAGACCCACCCUCUCGCAAAGCGCACAGCUGUUUUCCACAAAGCUAUGGCUGUUGGGAUGCGCAGGUCAGUGAACGUUACCUGACCCUUGCAUUCAAAGACCGAACAGAAUGCUGGAGCUUGGACGAAAUUGAUAGUAUGCCCGUCUGGAGGAUGAAACACGCGCCUGAGAAUACAGAACUCUCUGACAGACUUCCUCUGGUCCCAGGAGGUUACGUUGUUUCAGCCCCUCCUUUCUUGCAUGUUCUGUCUCCACAUUUGUGUGGGGUCAGUCUGGCUCUGGGUAUGGAACACGCAGUCCUGCUAAGUGCUUCUGGUACUGUGUACACCUGGGGCUCUAGCAGUGGUUAUGUUGGCAGUCACGGGCAGCUGGGGCAUGGUGAACUUGGUCGAGAGGUUGAGCCUCGGGUGGUGGAGGGACUGUGGGGCAUGACCAUGAAGGGCGUGGCAGCUGGGGGCUGGCAUUCUGUCUGCAUCAGUGGUGAGGGAGAUUUGUACACUUGGGGCUGGAAUGAAAGUGGUCAGCUUGGCCUACCAUCCCACACGAUAGGAAGAGGGACACUGCAGGGAGGCACUGCUGCAGGAACUGAAUCAGACAGAAAGGAGGUGUUCAUAUCAAUCCAGGCAUUCCCUGCUCUGCUGGACCUGCCAGAGGAGGCUGAAGUAACCCGGGUCAGCUGCGGCUCUCGCCACACUGCAGCACUCACCGGUGCUGGUGAUCUCUUUACAUGGGGUUGGGGUGAGUACGGGCAGCUGGGCCAUAAGACGACCCAAACAUUAGACCAGCCUACCCGGGUGGAUUUCUUUGCAGACAGGAGCCUGCGUGUGGUAGAUGUGGUGUGUGGGCCCUGGAACACAUUUGUGUGCACAGAGGAAAAAGACUCCACCCCCCAGAUCCCACCCUGAUGGCUCCCAUCUGUCCAUUUCCCUUUUUGCUAAGACAUUUUUAUUACAUUGCAGGGGAAGUGAGGAUGAAUUAAAAUGUUUCUUUUCUGAAUCCAGCCGUUUUAAUGGUGAACACCCUCAUUCAAUGUCCAGCACUCUGAAUACCAAACACAAAUGCAUCAACAGUUAAACAUCUCACUUAUCCAACAUUUAAAAUAUUUCUAUCAAAGAUAUAAAUUAAAAUGCUGAAUUUGUUGAUAGGCAGAUCAACCUGUUAGAUCGACCUUUAUUAAAAUGUACAAUUCACAACCGGAUUAAAAUGAAGAAAUUUAUUAAGUUAAUGCAUAUGUUCACAUAUAAUCUAAAGACCCAACUAUGUUAAAAAGAUAAUGAAUGUUACAGACAUGGACAGGUUACCGUCACACAAGAAAUUAAUGAAAGAAAAUACCAAACCCCAGUUGUUUCUCCAGUGGUAAUCCCAAGAAUGUGCCAAGACCAAAAUUAAAAAAACAAAAGACAGCAGAAUAUUCCAAAAAGACUAGAGAUGAAGUAUAGAAUGCCAGACUUCGAUGCAGGACUCGUGCCCACUUCAAACUCUGUUAAAAAUUAACUUCAAAAUUUUUUCUCCUGGCCUGUGCAUACUUAAUUAAGGAUCAGUGAGGACCCAUGAAGUACCAAUUUAUUCCCUUGCAUAUAUUAUUGGUUCAGGUCAAUAUACAAUAUAAAACUUACUUUUAAGGUUAUAGGUAAAUUAAGCCUCUGUCCUAGUGAGCAUUACGGUGAUUUUAAAUAUUAACGGUUUAUAGAUAUUUUUGGGAGAGACAGCUUCGGCUAUGGGAAUGUUGGUGAGCUACUAUGCUGAGAGACGAUAUCAGGUAAUAAUUAAACCGAGUUACAAAGUCAGCAGUGAUAAUCUUACUUACGCCUUAUUCUGGUAUGGCCUGCCCAAAAAAUCCAACAUAGUGCCUGUAGGUGUAUUAAACAUUUUUUUUGGGUACGGAAUUCUGAGUAUGAGGACUGCAAAGAUGGGGUUUCCCAAGCCACCCCUGAAGGGGAAGAUGGGGUGGCAGUGCGCUCCUGACCAUGCUCGUACAAUCCUUAGGUUUUUUCCAAUACGGAUUUUAUGCCUUACCUGAAAUGUGUGUCAUUACAGUUAUUGACAUUACUUUGAAUAUAUAUUUGGUGGAUGUGUAGUGGAUACAUCCCUCUGUGAUAAUUUAUGAUUAUUUCAACUAUUCUCAGCAACUUUAAUAUUCUUUAUUUUAUACACAGCUUUAUGCACUAAAUACACACAGACACAGAUAUAGCAAAUCCUGAGUGUGUGAGAGGAGUGCUCUGUCGCCUUAUCUAAAGGCACACACUGCAAGUAUUCAAAAUUCAAAGGGAAUAUUAAAUCUUGUCAAAUGGCCGAUUUAAAAAAAUACAUCCAUAUAUAUAUAUAACAGCCUAAUUCUAUUUCCAGAAGUAAUACCUUCAGAAAGAAAGCUCAAUAUAUUAUUUUUGUAACAUCUAUAAAACUAGGUAAACUAUCAUAUGGAUCUACUUAAAAAAAGAACUUUUCGAAGGAUGACGUAUUAAUAAAAUUCUUUCAUAGUUCAUUAUGAAAUGCAUUAGACAGUCAAGAAUUAUUGCACAGAAACUGUAAUAUAGCUUUUCACUCAAUAAAAUAUCAGAAUAGAACUGCAGUCAAGAUUAAAAACUAGAUUUUAUGGUAUGAAUCAAAUACCGAUAAAUGCUGGACCCUCUUUAUACAAGAGAUCACUUGUGCGUCUUCCACAGUUUUUCCACUGUAAAGAGCAAAAAAACUAUCCUGGUGGCAAUAGGUGGUUCUUUACAGCACAUGAUCAUUUUACACAAGAAAGAAUAACAAAAAAAACGUAUGUCAGUGUGUGUACCUGUUAAACUGAACGUUUAUCAGGCACACACUUCAAUUAUUUGAUAGAUAUCAAUCAAUUACAUUUUCUACCUUAAAGGCACAUUAAGCAUUUAUAGAUGUCUGUAAAUGUAAUAAUUUAAUAGCUAUUUUUGUAAUAAAGUCAAUUAAAAGGGAGUCCUUUGGGUGAGUCAGACAUCAGGCAGUCUCAUUGGUUUGUUCCUUAGUCAGCCAGUCACAUGGCAGAGAGCUCACAGCACAAUCUUAAAUGAACUG